AUGUCAGUUAUUAACGAUGACAUCUGCCGCUUAGAUACGCAACUGGAUCAAAUUAAGCAAGAAAUCAAUGACCUACAAUUUGCCUCACUGGAGACCCAAAAACAUACGCAUGAUUUGGACGCCAAUACAGAGCGCACAUCUGACCUAGCAGAUGUUAUCACCUCUCUCUCUGUGCCCUCCAAGUCCCGACCGGUGCUCCCCCCCGAGCAUAUUGUGGAAUUGACUUUGAAGCUCUUCCGGUCCCCAUGUGAACCACAUGGGCUGCUUUCGUCCACAGACCAUGGCCUAGAAGAACUCACGUGGCUGGCAGUUACGAAAGCCACUGUACAGACUUUAGGGGUGAUCUUGAGGUCUCUCCUAGACCGGAGUUUGCUCCUCAGCGAUGAAAUCUCUUACUGGGACACAAUUCUGGGGUCUUAUUGGCACAUCGGUGUUUAUACACUGCAAACAUUACCUUUUCGGAUAUGGCGCAGGUUGGCCAAGCCUCGCCCUAGCAAGAAUGAUAGCGGUGUCAAGGCAAGGUUUCCCAUGUCUGUCUCAGUCCAAUGGACUCAUUUUUACGAGUCCAUACAGAGAUGUUUUUGUGCAGGAAACUUGCAUGCUCUACAGGCAAACGUACUGUCACCGUUUGUAGCAGCGAAAUCUGAGAUAAGGCGGAAGCGCGAAAGGCUUAAAGUGAUGAAGGACCUCAAUGCCCACGGUAUCGGCCUCCUCAUGAGAGAGUGUUUCCCUGCUCAAGAAAAUGACGAUAAGUGUAAAUGGACAAGGUUCAUUUCUGCCGAUGAUCACUGGCGUAAGACGGUAUGUAGAAGUGUGAUCUUGAUGGAGACAUUCCUGCAGAAAUUGCCGAGUGACCGUGGUUUUGUUGAUCUUGGUGAAGACAUCCUUUCGGCUGCUAACAAGGAGUUUGCGUGUCUCCAAACAGACUCUGAUGGCAAUCACUCCAUUCGAGCACCUGAACUAGUCGCUAAGCAACUCCAUGAUAUACUGCUUAGACUCCUUCCUGCCCACAACACCCUUGUAUUGGCAACUGUUGACAAGCACCGGCGCCCAUCGCGUCUGGUGCGAUACUGGCUGCCAUUAUCGAUGAUGCUCCUAACAGCGAGCACCUCUUUUAAGGUCCUGAAGAAUCGUCGCCAUCAGCUAAUCAGAUGGGUUGCCAGUGCCGCGGAAACUACAGUUGAGUUUUGGAGCAAUUGGGUUUUUGACCCAAUUCAAAGGCUCAUUGGAACUAUAAGGCAUGAUGAGAAAAGCGAGAUUGCCUUGAUGAGCAAGAACAGCCUAGAGGCCGACCGGGCAAGCUUAGAGCGGAUGGUAGUCGACUUCAUCCUUGAUCGUGGCGAACCGAAGCCCGAAGAUUAUGCGCUUGAUAUCAAUUCUAUCACAAACAAGGUUAGGGAGGGAGAUUUAACACCAGUUCUGAGAGCGUACGAAAAAGAUCUACGGACUCCCUUUGUCGGAACUGUACGAGGUGACCUUGUACGAGCACUCUUGAUCCAAAUCCAGAAGACGAAGGUAGAUGUUGAGAUCGCAAUUGGCGGUAUUGACGCUCUACUGAAGAGCCAGGAACUUGUUUUUGGAUUCGUUGGCCUUACACCUGGUAUCCUGGUCUCGUACGCGUCUCUUCGAUGGUUCUUGGAUCUGUUUGGCAAUAGAAAGGGUCUGAGGAUGGGUAGACGGCAGGAUGAAUUAAGACAUGCACUGCGGGCUGCUCAUCGAACGUUGAUAUCGCCUAACCCUGCACCUACCGGCGUGCUCGCAUACAGGGAUCAUGGUCUUCUGAUCUGUGACGCUGAGAUUUUGCUUAAGAAAGCAGAAACUCUUCUGAGUGGGACAGAGCUCCGCGCCUUUCGAGAAGAUGUCGCUGACCUUAUCAACCAGAGAAUGGUUGUCCGGCAGCUUGAAAUUGUUGGCAGAAUGGGUUGGGUCUACUCGAAAUGGAUGAAAUGA